AUGAGAUGGUGCUAUCUAUUGGUUUGUAUCCUGACUGAAGUUAUAGCAACAAAAAUAUCAUCGAAAGGUCGAUUGUUCGAACAGGAAGAAGGUCAAAGUGUUGAUUUUCCAUGCAAUGUCGAAAAUCUCGAUCAGGAUACGGCGGUUAUGUGGAAGAAGGGUCAUGAAAUUAUCUUUGUCGACGAAACCAGUCAAUAUGAUGAUCCACGUUUUCAGCUGAAAAAAGAGGACAAUAAUUUUACAUUGACAAUCGAACGAUUGGAACCGUUUGAUACGUCAAAUUACACAUGCGUUAUUACGACAGUACCUGAGCAGUCAAUUACGCAUAAUCUUCAAGAAAUUUACAUACUGCUUAUUCUAGUACCACCGUCAAUAUCAAUCUCGCCAGAUUUCAAUUCAUACGUUGUAAAAGCGGGAGAAAAUGUUGUCAUGAAAUGUAGUGGAAGUGGUAAUCCAAAACCGUUUUUAUCCUGGGCUAGAGAAGUUGGUGCUUUUAAAUCCUCAUAA